GUGCCUCACCACCAAUGGUCCAAUAUCGUGUCCCAGUGUUGCAGGACAAAGCUUGCCUCUCGUAUGCUUAUUAUAUCUGCUGUCAACGUUAAUGGUUGCCCAGGCCAAAGUCAAAAAUUCAGAAUUAUUUCCCUCUCGAGUCUGGCUGGAUUCACUUUAGCACCCCAUGCCUUGUUCGUUGCCAAGGGCACUUCCUUGACAUGGCAAAACUUCAAAAGACAUCCGAUGACGAUGACGAGCCUCGGGCCGCCCGGUGGCAGCAGCAACAUAAUUACAAUCUCGCCCAGAACUAGCAUUAGGACAUGAUACACCCAGUAUCGGUCAGCAACAUCGACGAUUCAGCAGCCAUCGUACGCAUUUUUUUUCUCGCUAUGUGGGCUGGAUCGUUGAUGCUGCCACUGCCACUGCCGCCGCCACCACCAACACCAACACCAUUACCUACCUACCUACCUACCUCUAGCAACUCCAACGCCAGCGCCA